CUUGAUUAUCGAUGAGCGUUCAUUCAAUAAGCUCAAGGUUCGGACACUCGCGCGCGCUCACUAGACUCAGGCGCACUGCACCCAGGGAGAGCAGUGCUCUCUAUGCGAAUUACGUGCACUCGCCGCGGACUGCAUGCGAGUACUUGUCCACUGAAAGCAAAGGACUGCUUCCGACACCGUGCACUUAUCUGUGUUCGACGCUUCUAUACGCGCCGGCAAGCCAGCGCUACGUUCUAUCGAUGCAUAUAUACAUCACCUGUCAUUGCCUUCGCUGUCCCUGCGUUCUCCUCUUCGUCCAGCUCCAAAUCUCUGCAGCGCGCACCAAGAGUCAUUGAAAGGUCUCGCGAGGUACGAGUCCACUUUCCUUAACGAACAUCCUUACUGAUGUGCUAUGCUCGCAGCGUCGCUCGUCUAAUAGACGGUCGUAAGCGACCAACGACUGGGACAGCACAUCUUGGCUUGUCCAGUAGCCAGCAUACAUACCGGAGAUCAGUAAGGUGUCUUCACCGUCGAGGAUCGGCUUGGCCAUCGCACACGUGCACGACUCCCUUGCCACUUCCAUCAGUGCGGCAGCUCUCUCGAAUUGCCGUAGCGUAUACUGUGUCCUGCGUAAUGGACGGAGACGAGUCGAUUGCAGCCGCAACGUCCGAAUGCUCAUCUCACAGACCUUCGAUCCCACGGCUUCCUGUGGAGGUCUGUGAACGGAUCAUCGACCACAUAGCUAUGGGAUGGCAUAUCCAAUACACUAGUGCUCCCAGCGAUCCACAUUUGUUCACUCUCACAUCCUGCGCGCUCGUAUGCCAAGACUGGUACUUCCUGACGUGGUACUAUCUACGUCAACGCAUUCAUCUCCGAGACCGGAAGGAUGUCCUCUCGCUCUCCAGGACACUCCGCGCAAAACCGCGCCUCCGUGAGGUCGUUCAACAGGUCGUUAUAUCAGGUGCCUCUCCUGGGAAACGUCAAGCAAUCCCACACCUAGGGACGUUUGCCGCCAUGCUCGCGGGCAAGACUCCGAUGUUGUCGACUUUCAUCAUUGAAGAUGCUGAGUGGACCAUCGGCUUGGUCCGAACAGAGGACAUCGACUACCUGGCUGCGUUCAGCUCCAUUGAUACUCUGAUCCUUCGCCAUGUCACCUUGUCGAGCGUUACCCAGCUGUCCCGCCUCGUGUCAGCACUCCCGGGGCUUGUGACCUUAUGUUGCUUCAGCGUUGACUGCUUGCAGAAACAGCAAGUCUCCCCGGCUUCUCUCCCACUCAACUGUGCAAAUCUUGAGGAUCUCGAAGUGGUAUGGGUUGCACCAGCCGUCGAGGACCUCUUCGUGCAAAUCAGCCGGGCUUCUCGAGUGCGCAAUCUCAGAAUUGGAGUGGGCGGGGAGUUGGAUCCAUCCUCGGCAGUCAGCAGAAGCCAGACUUUGCUGGAUGCGAGUUCAACAUCUGCAGAAAGGGUUGUGCUCCAUAUUGAUCCCGAAUCUCCUGUUCGUGAUGGUACAAUCGAAGCCGUGGUCGGAAAGUCUUCUCAGUUGUCUCUUCAGUCAAUUGGCUGA